GAGGAGCGCCUAGAGUCGACGGGGCCGCCGCUCCGCUCCUCCCAGUCUCCUCUAUCGCGGAAGUUGACGCCGCGCUCCCGGUCGCGUGCUGCUCGCUAGGGGUGUCGCCUUAGAGAUCUGCACGGGCUGGGCUUGCGAAAGGAUCGACAUGCCUUUGGCUAGAGAUUUACUGCAUCCUUCCUUGGAAGAGGAGAAGAAAAAACAUAAGAAGAAACGGCUGGUUCAAAGUCCAAAUUCUUAUUUUAUGGAUGUAAAAUGUCCAGGCUGCUACAAGAUUACCACGGUUUUCAGCCAUGCUCAGACAGUGGUGCUUUGUGUAGGUUGUUCAACCGUGUUGUGCCAGCCGACAGGAGGAAAGGCCAGACUCACAGAAGGGUGUUCGUUUAGAAGAAAGCAACACUAAUGAUCCACACACCUUCCUGAAUUUGUGUUCUAUCGCAGAAAGCCUUAUCAGUUCAGUAAUUCCAGCUAAUCUACCAAGAUAAUGUAAUUAUGUUUAAUUUUGUAAGGUAUACAACAGCGCUCUCCUAUUUUGGUGUCAGUUUUUCAAUAAAGUUUUGAUUACGGUCAAACUA